GGGAGGUGUGUCCUACACACUAGCUUCGAGGGACAGUGUGCACCACCCCAGCGCAGACCCCCACAGACCUGCUCUACAGCCACACGCUGGGCUCCAGCUAUUAUUCUACCUGAACUUGUUAACGUGGGCCGAGGGUCAUCACCAGCACAGCUCUCUCUCCUGACCCUAGUGAGGAACCAUCCUCCGCUUGCAGAGUCUGCGUCCCCCCAUGGGCGCCAUAUCGGUUAUUAUCAGAGGACCUCUGUCACAGCCCGCAUCUCACCCCUAACCCUCACCCUUCACCAUGGAGAUGAAACAGCCAAUGAUGAAGAACCGAGAGGACCAGAACCAGGACAAAGAAGAGGAGCCACAGGAGAACGGCAGGCUAGUUGCCGGCAGCAGUGCAGACAAGGGGCAGAAAGGGAGCUCAGGGCCUGGGCAAGUUUCCAAUGGCUACCCGAGCACAUCCCCUCAGAGCCCCAGGGACGGUGCGGGGACCGGGACAGAAAGGGUCAGUGGCCCCACAAACUUCAGGAUGCUGAUAGUCCAGCAGACUAGUCUGGAUCCACCUAGGGAGACCUGGAGCAAGAAGAUGGAUUUCCUCCUCUCAGUAAUCGGGUAUGCAGUGGACCUGGGCAACGUGUGGCGCUUCCCAUACAUCUGCUAUCAGAAUGGAGGAGGGGCAUUCCUGCUGCCCUACCUGCUGAUGGCUGUAUUUGGAGGGGUGCCGCUGUUCUACAUGGAGCUGGCACUGGGCCAGUUCCACCGCAAUGGAUGUAUCUCCAUCUGGAAGUAUGUGUGCCCCAUCUUCAAAGGCAUUGGCUUCGCCAUUUGUAUCAUUGCAUUGUACAUCGCCUUCUACUACAACACCAUCAUGGCCUGGGCCCUGUAUUACCUCCUGUCCUCGUUCCACUCACCACUGCCCUGGACCAUGUGCAACAAUGCCUGGAACACAGCCAACUGUACACGCUACCUGUCCACAGACCUCAACGUCUCUUGGACCAAUGCGUCCAUCUCGCCUGCCGAGGAGUUCUAUACACGCCAGGUGUUGCAGGUGCACCUGUCCCCAGGUCUUCACCAGCUGGGUGCGGUGAGCUGGCAGCUGGCCCUUUGUCUACUCUUCAUCUUCACCAUCGUCUACUUCAGUAUUUGGAAGGGCGUUAAGACAUCUGGCAAGGUAGUGUGGGUGACAGCCACCUUCCCAUACCUGGUGCUGCUGAUCCUGUUGGUGCGAGGGGCCACCCUGCCUGGAGCAUGGAGGGGAGUGGUCUUCUAUCUACAGCCUAACUGGGAGAAGCUCUUGAGCACCACGGUUUGGAUCGAUGCAGCAGCCCAGAUCUUUUUCUCGCUGGGCCCAGGCUUUGGUGUUCUCCUGGCCUUUGCCAGCUACAAUCCAUUUCACAACAACUGCUAUAAAGAUGCACUGGUCACGAGCUCGGUGAACUGUCUCACUAGCUUCAUGUCAGGCUUUGUGAUCUUCACCGUGCUGGGCUACAUGGCCGAGAUGCGGCAGCAAGGGGUGGAGACAGUGGCAAAGGAUGCUGGCCCUAGUCUGCUGUUCAUCAUCUAUGCUGAGGCCAUUGCCAACAUGCCAGCUGCCACGUUCUUCGCCAUCAUCUUUUUCCUCAUGAUCAUCAUGCUAGGACUGGAUAGCACGUUUGCCGGACUAGAGGGAGUCAUCACUGCCAUGUUGGAUGAGUUCCCCCACCUGCUGACACGGAGAAGGGAGUGGUUUGUGCUGGGUCUGGUGUGUGUCUGCUACCUGGGUGCUCUGUCCACACUCACUUAUGGAGGGGCGUUUGUGGUGAAGCUGUUCGAGGAAUAUGCAACAGGCCCAGCCGUCAUCACCGUAGUCUUCCUGGAAGUCAUCGCUGUCUCCUGGUUUUAUGGCACGACACGUUUCUGCAAUGAUGUGCAAUUGAUGCUUGGCUUCUCCCCUGGUCUGUUCUGGAGGGUGUGCUGGGUUGCCAUCUGUCCCUGCUUCCUAUUGUUCAUCAUAGGCAGUUUCCUGGCCUUCCCUCCUGAAGUAAGACUGUUUGACUACCUGUACCCGUUCUGGACCACUGUGCUGGGCUACUGCAUUGGUGUCUCCUCUUUCAUCUGCGUGCCUUCCUACAUGGUCUACCACCUGCUCACCACCAAAGGAACCUUUAAACAGCGUCUGCUGAAGAGCAUCACCCCUGAGCCGGCGGGGAGUCCAGGCCCACACAGGGACGUCAUCAUCACUAAUGCUGUGUGAACGGGGACUCUCUCACAGGACCCUCUGCUGGACAUGUUGUGCAACUGCAGAUGUGGGAAGUUUGCCCAUGCUCCCCGCCUUCAUAUCCCAGACCUGCCAAAGGUGUCUCCGCCCAUACUGUAUGAUGGCUAGGCCUUUGCAUCCAGCAAAUCCACUGUUUUAUUUCCUAUCACACCAUAAAUAAAUGUGGCAGUGUUCACUGUUACUGUGAGUUAAUACCUGCCAUAAACAUAUAUGAAAUGUUUGAGUUUGGGAGCACACCAUGUCUGUUUGGUUUUUGUGACCAUUUAGUUAUAAUAACUAAGAAUGCAUGGUUUCUACCUAUUUCAUGUAAAUUAAUUACAUACACAAAUACUGCAAGUACUAAAAAAUCAUGUAUGUGCAGUUUACAUAGUAUAUCUUGCUCUCUCAAGAUAUAAGGAAUUUUUAGUUGAUUAAUUCAUCAAAUAAUAAGACAAAUGAAUAUGUAGAUUUGACAAUAACUUUACUGUUUUCCUUUAAUAUGCAUUUGAAGGGUCAGGUAACUUUUACAUUUAUACAGAUUGAUUAAGCAAAAAAAUUAUUUUGCAUCAUAUUAUUGCUGUUACAGAAAUAUCCAAAUACAGCUUUACAGCUAUUUAUGGUUUGGGUUUGGAAGUCCUCAGAAAUGGAGAGAGAGAUUGUAUUUUUUUUUCAAAGAGUAAGCUUUGGGAGAAAGCCUAAAAGAAUUGUAGUAGUGCCUGAUGUAGUUUGGUUGUUGCACAGGUGUGUAUGUGUAUGUGAUGUGUGUGUUGGAGUGAGUGUGUACACGCAAACGAGUGUGUGCAUAUGUGUAUGUGUGCAUGCAAAUCCGUUGAACAGGCACCUCUGUGGAAUCAUCAUUUUGGACAGUGUUACUGCUGUGCUUUUAGACCUCACGUUGGUCGGGGCACCUGAGAGGUACAUGUAACGUUACUGUUAUCAGCAUUCUGUACCUAUGCGAAAUAUUUAUUUUGCACCUUUUGUGGGGUUACAUUUAAUGCACGUGUGUACCAUGUGUCUCAGAUCUGAAACACCAGAUUGAGUUUCUCAAUCUCCCCAAUUCUCAUUUAUACCCUUUAAUUUUCAAAUUAUAUGUAAACAACAGUGUAGCACAAACCAAAUACUAGUGUGCUUAUUAGAAAUGGUCCAACUUUAACCAUCAAGACAUUUUUCAGGGGAGACAAUUCCCUCUGACUAAAAGUACAAGUAGUACAAGUAUGUACAUAUUUGUUUUGUGAGUCUCGCUACUUGUGUGUUCCAGUCUUGUGAUGACCUGUCUACUUCUUGGAGUGGGUAAAUAUGGGAGUGUGAGUGUUAGUCAAAUUUUCCAAAGUGUGUCUGUGUGCAUGUGUGUCUGUGUGUGUGUGUGCGUGUCUGUGUGUGUGUGUGUGUGUGUGUGUGUGUGUGUGUGUGUGUGCGUGCGUGUAUGUUUGUGUGAACUAUACGUUGGGGUAGAGAAGCCAAAAGCCAUGGUUCUUUCAGUCAGUGUGUAUGCAUGCAUGCAGACAUGAAUAUGUACCGUGAUUUAGUGUGUACCACAAACUAGUGAUGCCUCUUCCCCUCUCAUUCCUGUUCCUCACUUAAGAGUUCGCUCUCUAUCAAAAAAUCUAUUGUCCUAUGAUCUAUGUAUGUCUAUAAGACUGUUAUAAGAAACCAUAUAGAAUAAAGAUAUAUAUGAAUUACUAGACAAAUAAAAUAAAGCUACAUGUAUUAAUAAUGAA